AUGGUUGUACGCCAGCGAAGCAUCGGUGUUGAACACCGAUGUCAUGCUGUCGAUGAUGAUGACGCCUUCUGUGGAGAUACUGCAGUGAUGAAAAUGAUGCCGGUGAUAAUGAGUGAAGCACUGGUGUCCUACAACGACGUUGUCACCUAUGAUAAUUAUGCUGAUGAUGCUAAUGUAUCCACCAGAUUUCCGGACCCAGAGAUCAGACGAAGCAAACAAAUCGGCUCCUCUUCACUCUACCGUAGCGUCCCAUAUCAUAAUGGCGGCUACUGUGAACACGUGCAUAAAAAGCCACGAAGGACUGGAACUACUGUUGGCGAUACGGUCCAAGCAAAUUCAUCCAAACAUUGA